CGGGGCUGGCCACUUCCCGAGAGUGAGGGCUGCUGGGCCGGAUGACGUGGCCUGGCAACGUCCGCACCGGUGCGACUCCUGAGAACCUGGCGCUGCCGGAACUGCUCGCGGCCUAGUCCCGACGCGCGUGUGCCUGGAAGCCGGUUCCAGGGACAGCGGCAGCCGCGGCCCGGCCUGCAGGGACCCGACGAGGCCGCUGCCAUGGGAGAGUGAUGCGCCUGCGUCCGCAGUUCCGCGGCAGCGGUGAGACAUGAGGAGACCCGGCGGCAGGGGCAGCGGCGGUGGUUCCUGAGCCCCGAGAUGGAGGAGAAAUACGGCGGGGACGUACUAGCCGGCCCCGGCGGCGGCCUCGGGCCGGUGGACGUGCCCAGCGCUCGAUUAACAAAAUAUAUUGUGUUACUAUGUUUCACUAAGUUUUUGAAGGCUGUGGGACUUUUCGAAUCAUACGAUCUCCUAAAAGCAGUUCACAUUGUUCAGUUCAUUUUUAUAUUAAAACUUGGGACUGCAUUUUUUAUGGUUUUGUUUCAAAAGCCAUUUUCUUCUGGAAAAAGUAUUACCAAACGCCAGUGGAUCAAAAUAUGUAAACAUGCAGUUGCUGGAUGUAUCAUUUCACUCUUGUGGUUUUUUGGCCUUACGCUUUGCGGACCACUAAGGACUUUGCUGCUAUUUGAACACAGUGAUAUUGUUGUCAUCUCACUACUCAGUGUUUUGUUCACUAGUUCUGGAGGAGGACCAGCAAAGACAAGGGGGGCUGCUUUUUUCAUUAUCGCUGUGAUCUGCCUAUUGCUUUUUGACAAUGAUGAUCUCAUGGCUAAAAUGGCUGAACACCCUGAAGGACAUCAUGACAGUGCUCUAACUCACAUGCUUUACACAGCCAUUGCCUUCUUAGGUGUGGCAGAUCAUAAGGGUGGAGUAUUGUUGCUAGUACUGGCUUUGUGUUGUAAAGUUGGUUUUCAUACAGCUUCCAGAAAGCUUGCUAUAGAUGUUGGUGGAGGCAAACGUCUUCAGGCUUUAUCCCACCUUGUUUCUGUGCUUCUCUUGUCCCCAUGGGUCAUUGUUCUUUCUGUGACAACUGAGAGUAAAGUUGAGUCCUGGUUUUCUCUCGUUAUGCCUUUCACAACGGUUAUCUUUUUUGUCAUGAUCCUGGAUUUCUAUGUUGAUUCCAUUUGUUUAGUCAAAAUGGAAGUUUCCAAAUGUGCCCGCUAUGGGUCCUUCCCCAUUUUUAUUAGUGCUCUACUUUUUGGAAAUUUUUGGACGCAUCCAAUAACAGACCAGCUUCGGGCUAUGAACAAAGCAGUACACCAGGAGAGCACUGAGCACGUCCUAUCUGGAGGAGUGGUAGUGAGCGCUAUAUUCUUCAUUUUGUCUGCUAACAUUUUAUCAUCUCCUUCUAAGAGAGGACAGAAAGGUACCCUGAUUGGAUAUUCUCCUGAAGGAACACCUCUUUAUAACUUCAUGGGUGAUGCUUUUCAACAUAGCUCCCAAUCAAUUCCUAGAUUUAUUAAGGAAUCACUAAAACAAAUUCUUGAGGAAAAUGACUCUAGGCAGAUCUUUUACUUCUUGUGCUUGAAUCUGCUUUUUACCUUUGUGGAAUUAUUCUAUGGCGUGUUGACCAAUAGUCUGGGUCUGAUCUCAGAUGGAUUUCACAUGCUCUUUGACUGCUCUGCUUUGGUCAUGGGACUUUUUGCGGCCCUCAUGAGUAGAUGGAAAGCAACUCGGAUUUUCUCCUAUGGGUAUGGCCGAAUAGAAAUUCUCUCUGGAUUUAUUAAUGGACUUUUUCUAAUGGUAAUAGCUUUUUUUGUGUUUGUGGAGUCAGUGGCUAGAUUAAUUGAUCCUCCGGAAUUAGACACAUACAUGUUAACACCAGUCUCAGUUGGAGGGCUGAUAGUAAACCUUAUUGGUAUCUGUGCCUUUAGCCAUGCCCAUAACCAUACCCAUGGAGCUUCUCAAGGAAGCUGUCACUCAUCUGAUCACAGCCAUUCACACCAUGUACAUGGACACAGUGACCAUGGGCACAGUCACAGCCACGGAUCUGCACACAGAGGCAUGAAUGCUAACAUGAGGGGUGUAUUUCUGCAUGUUUUGGCAGACACACUUGGCAGUAUUGGUGUGAUCGUAUCCACAGUUCUUAUAGAACAGUUUGGAUGGUUUAUUGCUGAUCCCGUCUGUUCUCUUUUUAUUGCCGUAUUAAUAUUUCUCAGUGUUAUUCCACUGAUUAAAGAUGCCUGUCAGGUUCUACUUCUAAGACUGCCACCAGAAUAUGAAAAAGAACUACAUCUUGCUUUAGAAAAGAUACAGAAAAUCGAAGGAUUAAUAUCAUACCGAGACCCUCAUUUUUGGCGUCAUUCUGCCAGUAUUGUGGCAGGAACAAUUCACAUACAGGUAACAGCUGAUGUGUUGGAACAAAGAAUAGUGCAGCAGGUUACAGGAAUACUUAAAGAUGCUGGAGUAAACAAUUUAACAAUUCAAGUGGAAAAAGAGGCAUACUUUCAACAUAUGUCUGGCCUAAGUACAGGAUUUCAUGAUGUCCUGGCUAUGACAAAACAAAUGGAGUCCAUGAAAUACUACAAAGAUGGUACUUACAUCAUGUGAGAUAACUCAAGAAUUUCCCCUGGGACAUGAACAAUGAAGAUUAAAUGACUCAUUAUUUAUAAUAUUGCCAGAAGGAAGAAAAUUGCACAUAAUUGUACAGAAACACUUUGUCGUAUUUGAAGUUUAAAGCUCCCUACUGCUGGAUCAAGGAAUCUUUCUUAAAGGAAAUUUAAAUACAGAAUGAGGCAUUAAUUGUUCAACUAAAAUAAUUAUUGAAUUAUGUGUAUAACAAGAAUCUUAAAAUUUGAUUGAACACAUCAUCUUUGAAAAUGAACAUAUAAUGGAAUCGAGUGAAGACCAAAAUUACUUCUGUGUUUGUUAGACAGCAUCUCCAUUGUAAAUAAUGUAUUUACGUGUUUAUUACAAAGACCAAAAUGAAAAAUUUUUAGUCAAUUUUUUGCAUAGCCCUAGGAUAAAAUAGGGAUAAAAGUUCUAUAUUUAUGGAUUUUCUGUAUAUAAAACUGGUUUCUAAUUAUAACUUAAAUCCAUUAAGUAAAAUCUGUAUUGCCACUUUAAAUGUAAACUAAAUUAUUUGGGAGAAACUUCAACCACUGAUGUGAGACUAGCAGUGAGAACAGGGAAGUAUAACAUUAUAUACAGUUUUUGAUGUAUUACAAAAACCAACCACUCCAUAAAAUAAAUUUUUUUACUUUUGAUAAUAUUUGCAAAUGAAUAAUUACUUUAUUAGGGUAAAGAACUUACACUAAGUUUUAUCCAUGUUUUCAUUCACUUGUCUUCUGCCUCUAAAGUAGAAUAUUCCAUUUCUGAUUAUGCAUCUGGCAUUCCUAGUUGCUUAUCAAUUUGGUAUCCAAACAGUGCUUUUCAUCUUUGCAUUUAACUCCACAUGUUGUGGAAUAGCCAGUUGAGAGAAUCAUAAAUAAUUGUCAACUCAGAGUUGAAUUUUCUGCCUAUAAAUGUAAUUUUUAAAAAAUUUCUGGAACAUGUAGAUACAUAAGAAAUAUUGAAGCAUAGGUAGUUAUUUUAAAGUUUAAUAAGUAAAUAUUGUCCAUAAACACUUGGGUACCAUGAAAUCAAAAUAUUUACCCUAUAACCGCUUUCUAUAAUAAUAGCUAACUUAUAUUUUUUAAUUUCUAAUUUAAACUGAAAGUAUAGUCUGAGAAGACUGUAUGAUAUAUAUGCAGUUUUAUAAACACCAAAGAAUGUUGUCCAAAGGAAACUUUUAACUACCUAUCUAUUUAUAAGAAUCUGAAUAUUUUCAUUCUUAUACUAGAAAUUUUGAUAAAUAGGAUGAAUUAAUUUUAGUAUGGGUACUAUUUUAUUAUCGAUACCAUAAAAGCCAAUGUGUAUUGUAAAUCAUAUUUUUGUCUUAUUAUAUUUAAUAUGUGAGAGGUUUAGAAAUUUGUUAUAAGUUAUUUUGGUAUUCCCUGUCUUCUCUUUACACACUAUCUGGUCCAAAAUCUUCAAUACAUAUUAAAAUUUUUGAAUGGUGGGAAAAUAAUUCAUAUUGAUGUUUCAAUGCAAUAUUUACACAUUAAAUAAUUUUAAGUAGAUAGGUACAAUAAAUAUUGCACCAUUUCCCUUAGAAGGCAUAUAAACCACAGAAAAAUUAAAUGGUGACUGAGAAAUAUCAAGAAUAGAGUGAAGACGGGCUGAAGGUUAAGGGGGUGCAGGUGAGAAGUAGAAAAACUCCAGUAUUAAAGAGCACCAGGGUACUGGUUCCAGCUUAUAUAAACCAUGUGACUUGAGGCAAAUCAGCCUCUCUGGGUGUCUUUUUUUUCUCAUACAUAAAUUCAGAAUAAAAUCUCGAAUUCACAGGGUUAUGAGGCAGAAAAGGAAUAAUGUAUGUAAAAGUGAAUUGAAAGUUGAAAAGGGCUAAAUAAAGUUGAAGAAUUAUUAUUUUAAACCUGA